GCUGCAAGCGAGAGUCACCGUACGUAGUAGGUCCUACGAAAAAAGUUUGCAGCCUUUAGCCUGCUGUGUGAGACACCAAACUUCAUGCAGAGUGUCAGAAGCAAUACUGGGUCUGAUUCUAGAAGUCAGCUUGUUGGACCUGGCUUGGACAUAGAAGGCCUAACAUUAAGCAUAGGCCUGCCAAAGCUGGAGUGCAGCUUUGCAGAUGAAGAGAUUUUGGCUUCAAAUGGCUUUGUGAAGCUUGUUGAUCAGAUUCAGGUGAAGUCAGAACCAGCACAAUACUCGCUUGGAAAGAUACAUGUUCAAAUGGCUAGCAACGGCAGUGGUGUAGCAUGUAGCCCCCAGCAGAAGUCAGUGUUGUAUGAAGAUUCAGCCAGCCUAAAGCAGUCUGCACCAAUGUCACAAGAUGUGAAUGCAAUGGGUGAAGAUGAUCACUGGCAGGUGAAGCCCCUACUGUCUGUGAUGUCCUCCAAGCUACAGACACCAUUUACUAAAGCCCCCUUGGAAUGCACAUCUGAUUAUGAAGUCUCUGAUGAUGACAAUGCUGACGAUUCCAUGAGCUGUUCCACUGCCUACAUCAAUGAAAACCAUCAAGAAUCUCUUUCAAGCCCGAUUGAAGGAAAUGUUGGAAGUGUUGAAAGGCCUAGAAGUUCAUCCGAAAGGGAUUUCAAGAAAGAAAAGCUGAUUGAAUCUGGGUACUCUUCAAGUGAUGGAAGAUUGAGAAAAUCUACCCGUAGCAAGAGUUUGACUAACAAUAUGACAUCAAGGAAGAAACUUGUUGAGAAGUGCUAUUGUUCUGUUCCAUGUGACAUUCAGUCAUCAGGGUUCUGUAAGCAAUCCCCAUUCCGACAUUCAUAUACAUUCAUGAGUUCCUCUACUUAUGAAUUGUGGGCAGACAUGAGGUGUCGGGAAGAGAAGUAUACAAGGGACCAUCAUCUUAUGGAAAGGCAUCCAAAUCUAGACCCACAAAUGAGGGUUGUUCUCCUGGAUUGGAUGAUGGAGGUUUGUCAAAUUUUCCUAUAUUUAGUGUGUGAAGCUUAUGAUUUGAAGAGGGAAACAUUCUAUCUUGCCAUGGACUAUUUGGACAGAUAUUUGUCUGUGACACAAGGUAUGUUACACACUCGUCUCCAGUUGACUGGUGUCACAGCCCUCUUCAUUGCCGCCAAGAUAGAAGAAAUUUACCCUCCUACAGUGGCAGAUUUUGCAUUUGUCACUGAUGGUUCCUGCACUGUAGAGGAGAUUCUUAUCAAGGAGAAGAUCAUGCUGCCUAAGUUGGCAUGGAAGCUGAAUCCUGUGACAGUUGUUCAUUGGGUCAAAUUCUACAUGCAACUUGGAGUGAUGCUCAGUGAUGACUCUGAUCUUCAUGCUGAUCCAGAAGAUCCUAUCACACAAGUCAAGUACUCAGUGUUUGACUUUCUUCAGGUCAUGCGUCUUGUUGAUCUUGCCACCUUGGAUGUGGAAUCUCUUAGAUUCCCAUACAGCAUCAUUGCUGCUUCUAGUCUUGCUUAUUUCCAAGGAUUCAAGUUUGCCAUUCAAACAUCAGGUUUUGAUGAAGAACAGUUGGAAUCCUGCUUAUUCUGGAUGAAGUGCUUUGCCCUUGCUCUCCAGAAGAAGAAUCCAGUUCAACCACAAAUGUCAAAGGAAUCCUCCUCAACUCCAAAAUCUCAUUGCAUUCAGAAUUAUGAAGUCAGCGUGGUUCUCUUUGAAGAAGCUAAGAAACUUGAAGUGGAAAGUGAUAACUUGCAGCUAUGUUUCAAGACCCUUCCCCUCUUGCACCAAACAAAAAAUAAGUGAGCCCAAGGCCAGGAUUGAUAUUUUGGCGUUAUUCAGCCAUAGUCUUUAUCCAAUGGUUGGUAUGAGACUAUGAAGUUAAGGAGGCUGCAAGCUGGAGGAUAUGUGACAAUGUUCCUCUCCCAAGAUUCAGGUUCCCAUGGACUUGAUUCAGCCAUGUGGUGGUGUGUACUGCCCUCUUUCUGUGUCAUGAUCUUGUUGGAGUGGAUUUGGGACCACAUAGGGUGGAUUUUUUAACUGAGCACUAUCUGACUAUGCAGCUUUAUUUUCAAGAACUAUAAUGUAUUUCCCCU